CACUCACCACACGCAAACAAAUACCAAACUCUUCAAAACUUCUCCAAUAAAAGAACCCAAAUUAUCAAACAACACAAAUAAACAAUCCACCACACUGAAUUCCCUACGAAAUCUAAUCCGCGCCUUCAGCGCCCCAACCCUCACCAUGGCGUGGCGCUGCUCAGGAGCCACCAACGCAGAAUUAAUCCAAAACCUCUUCGCCGCCUCCCUAAUCACCAGCCCCGCCGUAAAAGAAGCCAUGAUGAAGGUCGACCGCGCCCACUACUGCCCCGUCCCCUCCCACGCCUACGAAGACUCCCCCCAAUCCAUCGGCCACGCCGCCACCAUCUCCGCACCACACAUGCACGCCCACGCCGCGGAAUCCCUCCUCCCCUUCCUCUCGCGGCCCAACGCGCGGAUCCUAGACAUCGGGUCCGGGUCCGGGUACCUAACCGCUGUUCUCGCCGAGCUUGUUUCCGGACCAAACAGCCGUGUCGUGGGACUGGAGCAUAUCCCGCAACUAAGAGAUAUGGCGGAGACGAAUAUGCGCAAGGGCGAGAGGGGGACGGAGAUGUUGGAGAAAGGGAAGGUGAGGUUCGUGGUGGGGGAUGGGAGGAAGGGGUUUAAUGAUGAGGGAGGGGAGGGCUGGGAUGCGAUCCAUGUGGGAGCGGCGGCUGUGGAGGUGCAUGGGGAGUUGGUGGAGCAGUUGAGGUGUCCCGGGCGGAUAUUCAUUCCGGUUGAGGAUGAGAGGGGGGAGCAGUUUGUGUGGACGGUGGAUAAGGAUGUGGAGGGGACGGUUACGAAGAAGAGGUUGUUUGGGGUUAGGUAUGUGCCUUUGACGGAUGCUCCGAGGCCGUGAGAGGGAGAGGAAUGGGACGGACACUUUUGGAUGUCAUGGAGAGUGGAAUUAGCGUUGAUUUUGCAUUUUCAGGUCUCGAUCUUUAGGACGAGUGGCGCGCACCAUAUACCAUAUUGAUUUUCCAGAAUGUCCCAAUUUGUAUACUUCAAGAACCUGACUCCAAAGAUUUUC